AUGUUGCUUCGCGUACGAUUAUCGGCUCCUUGUAGUAUGCUCCUCCGGAUCCUCGAGAUGCCUCUUUCCUUACCUGGGAGAUUGACGAGUUCCGUUGUUUGUGAAAAGAGAUGGUCCAAGCCAACCGCAGUUGCUUCGAUGACAUUGGCACCUGUUCUCUUAUCGACUCUUUGGAAUGCCCAAGAUGAUAGUGCCACCUUCAACAAAAGUCUAAUGGUAUAUGGAAUUGGGUUGAUGUUUGGAAUGACAUUUGGGGUUCUCGCGUAUGCAACAACCGAGAAGUCAAGUCCACCGCGAAGACUAACGGUUCUUGCACGGGGAAAUUCAAUUGGUGAUUUGAUAACAAAUUUGAUAUUGGCUGCGAAUGGUAGCCCCGAAGGUACACAAGUCGCUAUAUCGAGUCGUUAUGCGAGUCCCAUCUUCAACAUCCUUUUUGGUCCGGGAUUGUCUCCGGUUUGCUCAGCUCGGUAUUCCUACCCAUCACUGUUGUGA